AUGAGCACCGACAGUAGCUCCUUCCUGAACUAUCCUCCGCCUCGCGAGGGCCCUGCAGUGCCCUACGAGAAUGAGACCCAGUCUAUCCCGGUCUUCCGAGGCACUACGCUAGCGGUUGGCGCAACCUUAAUCCACAAUAUCGGUUUCAUUCAGAGCCACUUCUGGCGCAAUGCUGGCUUCGACGUCAUCCGCAAAAUCCCUCACCUUCAUCAAUACCCCGGCCGUUACGAUCCCACCGUGAUUCCCGUGGACAAUUCCUCUGGCGAUGCGCCGACUCCUGCCGUGGGGAAGAGAAAGGGUUCGGGUGGCUACUACACCUCCGCCGACUACCACGCGCUGUAUUCCUCCGGUGAUCUGACACCGACGGCGGUCGUCGAGGCGCUCCUACCUCUAAUCCGUCGCGACGCUAAGCCCCCUGGAAAGCACUCAACGGCAUUCCUCGAGUCGCAGGCCGAGAUUAUCCGAGCGGCAGCAGAGGCUUCUACCGAGAGAUAUAAGAAGGGCCAGCCUCUAGGCCCGCUUGACGGUGUCCCGGUGGCGAUUAAAGAUGAAGUGCACAUCACUGGGUACAAGCGUACCUUGGGAACGAAGCUCGAUUUCAAGGCUGGCACUGAUGCUACUUCUUGGUGUGUUCAACAAUGGCAAGAUGCCGGCGCAAUUGUGAUUGGCAAGACCACCAUGCACGAAUUGGGUCUAGACACAACUAACAACAAUCCUAUCUACGGUACACCCAAGAACCCUCACAAUAAGGAAUACUAUUGUGGUGGCUCUUCUGGAGGAUCUGGAUAUGCCGUCGGUGCCGGAUUGGUCCCCAUCGCACUUGGUGCUGAUGGCGGUGGCUCGAUCCGCAUUCCGUCCUCUUUCUGCGGUAUUUGGGGAUUGAAGACUACACACGGUCGCGUGUCUGGAGCACCGUCCAUGAGCCUGGCGCCCACCGUCGGUGUUCUCGGGCCCAUGGCCGCGAGCAUCGAUGACCUGGCCCUUGCUUACCGGGUCAUGGCAGCCCCGGCCCCAGCAUCGCAAGACCCCAUCUCAUCACAGUUCCCCAACCCAGUGCCCCUCUCAUCUGAUCGCAAGAGAACUAAGACAAUUGGUGUCGUUCCCGACUGGAUUGACCGCGCCGAGGCACCCGUUCGCGCUGUGUUCGACACUGCCCUGGAUUACUAUCGCCAGAACGGCUAUGAUGUCAUCGAUAUCAAGAUUCCUUACCUACCUGAAGGCCAGCGUGCCCAUAUCUUGACUAUCAUGGCUGAAAUUGCAUCUGGUCUGGACGCGCGCCAGAUUCGACACCUCACAGCCCCGAACAAGGUCCUGGUCUCCAUGGGCAUGUGGCAAAUCACUGCCCAGGACUUGCUUGCAUCACAACGUCUGCGUAACCUGUUAAUGACGCACCUUGCACACCUUUUCAAGACUCACCCUGGACUGAUGAUUCUCUCCCCGACAACGCCUCUCCCUGGAUGGCACAUCGAUGGCGGCGAAUCUGACCUUGCUCGCGGUUUGUCUGACGGCAAGACUUCUGUUCGGAACAUGGAGUAUGUCUGGCUGGCUAACUUCAUGGGCUGCCCUGCCAUCACCUGCCCCGCCGGAUACGACCGUGAUAGCGGCGUUCCAAUUGGCUUGAUGGCAAUGAGCGAAUGGGGCACCGAGGAAGAUUUGUUUGAUUUUGCUCGGGAUGGCGAGGGUGUCUUGGACUUGCCUGCCAAUAAGCCCCCGUUUGAGAGCCAGGAAGCCUCGGAUUCCAAGGGACUUCGUGUCCCACUAUCGAAGGACUCGAACUGGGAGGACGUCAUUGCUUUGGCUAAGGCGUGA